AUGAAUAAAUCUGUUGAAUGUGUUAGGAGGGAUGUUGGAUAUGUGAGACAAUCUUUAGAUAGAUUACAAAAGUUUAAGGGGUGGGUUGUGGUGGAAAAGAUAGAGUGCAAGAAGAUGUUGUAUCUUGAUGUUUGUACUAGGUGGAACUCGACCUACUUAAUGUUAGACACUGCUCAGAACUUUGAGAGAGCUUUUGAGAGAUUUGAGGAGCAAGAUACAAACUUUGAGGCUGAACUUGAAAGUGGAGAGGGUUGGCCUAGUGUGGAUGAUUGGGCUAAUGUUAGAAACUUGGGGGAUUUCGUGGAACACUUUUAUGAAGUCACUUUGCGUAUAUCUGGCACUUCAUAUGUCACGUCCAAUAAUUUUUUUGACGAGUUUUCUGAAAUUGAUUUUCUUUUACGAGAUGCUCAAUUAAAUAAUAAUGUUGAUUUCAAUGUUAUGGCCAUCAAGAUGAAAAAGAAGUAUGAUAAGUAUUGGGGUGAUAUUGAUAAGAUGAAUUUGCUUAUGUUUGUUGCUUGUGUUUUAGAUCCUAGACAAAAACUAAAGUAUCUUGAAUUUGCACUUAGUGAAAUGUCUAGUUCUGAAAAAGCUUGUGAAAUGAUGCAAAAAUUGAAGGAAUCUUUGUAUGAAUUUUUUGAUGAGUAUAAGCCUCCACUUCAUUCUGAGGCUAAUGAGGAAUUUGUUGAAGAUUUUGAUAUUUUGUGGUGGAAAGUGAACAACCCUAGAUUUCCCACUCUUUCAAAAAUGGCCAAAGAUGUGUUAGCUAUACCGGUUUCUACGGUUGCUUCAGAGUCUGCAUUUAGCACCAAGGGACGUGUGCUUGAUCAAUAUAGGAGUUCUUGA